AGGUGCUGGACCAGAUGGAGUUGAGGAGAUUAAAAGGCAUAAUUUCUUUGGAAAUAUAGAUUGGAAUGUGAGUAUAAAGCUCUUCAUAACCCUUUCUAGAAAUCAUUAAAGGCAAAGAUGACCACCCAUUGCUUCGGAUAUGUCCUCCUGAGGAUUUCGAUUUGAUUGUUAUACCUUCUGACAAGAAGUAAAGGUAUUUUACCCCAGACCUUGUACUUACAGAUGUAGGACCUUACAUUUUUGCCAGUUUUCUACAGCAGUAAAAUAAUCCUGCAGCAACAGGAAAUGUAAAUUAAUAUGUGGAUUAUAAUUCAUGGACAUUUUUGUAGGUGAUGAUAAAUUUUUUGUAAGGGGAAAAAAAGUCUGAAAUGUCUAAAUGGAAAUUACAAACUUCAGAAGCCUUUUUAAAACUUAAAUACAAGUUUUACAUUUCCUGCAUUGCAGGACAGUUCAUGUGCAACAGGGCCCUUCUCCUGCAACAGGAUCCUACAUCUGUAGCUCAAAUACUAAAUGGAAAAAUAAAAGUUGUAUUUUUCCUUUCCCCCUCAUGGUGAAACUACAGAAACUUUACAGAAGAGAGAUCAAGCCUCCAUUCAAACCAGCAGUGGGCAGGCCAGAAGACACCUUCCACUUUGACCCUGAAUUCACCUCCCGCACACCAACAGGUGAUUGGUAAUUGUAGGUGUAGUAGUUCAUCUGUGCGUGCGUGCGUGCCUGUGUACGUGCUUGCAUCCCUGUCGCCUCAUAAUUUCAUUAAUCAUGAUGUUAUGUUUUACUUCAUGCUGUUUGCUUCAUUUGUAUGCUGUUUACUCAGAAUAAUAAUUUCUCCAUGCAUCUGGGUUACACACUGACAUAAAUUUGCCACUCAAUUACUGACAAACCCCUUCUUAUAAUAUCCACAUAAACUCACACUUAUAUAUCCACAUAAAGUCACCCAGCCGCAACUUUAAAUCUUUGAAUUUUGAAUCCUCUGAAAUGAUGAUAUCCUUCAAUGGAUCAUAGUCCAUGGGCAAUGGAAAUGUGGUACAAAAGUACCAAUAUUUAGCCUCCUAUAUCAGCUGCUAGUGUGCAAAGUCAGAGCUGGGCAGUUGCCUGUCGACAAGACCCUCUAGGCCACAGCUAUCCAGUACAAUGAGACUAACCUUCUCAGAAGUCAAUUAAUGAUAACUGACAUUCAAUCAACUGAUGUGAUGUAUUUCCAGUUGCCAAUGUGUCCAUGUUUGUCUCAUAUCUGCCUGUUAGACAGUAGUGGUUGUAACAUUUCUGUAUCCUUCUCCCAUCAGACUCGCCGGGCAUCCCUCCCAGUGCCAACACACACCAGCUCUUCAGAGGGUUCAGCUUUGUGGCCACAAAUCUGGACCAGGAGCAGUCCAUUGCUGAAAUACGGCAGAACUCAACUGUCAACACUAUUGUCCAAGUGAGUAUGAUAGGCUAGAGGGAGGGGACUAAUCAUCUCAGUUAUUCAGCUCUAUCAACCAUGCUCUAUUUAAAUACUUCAAAUAAUCAAAAAUAUUUAUAUUUUGUAGAUAAUAUGACGUCCUUCAGGCUAUUGUCUUUAUAUACAGUGGGGAAAAAAAGUAUUUAUUCAGCCAUCAAUUGUGCAAGUUCUCCCACUUAAAAAGAUGAGAGAGGCCUGUAAUUUUCAUCAUAGGUACACGUCAACUAUGAAAGACAAAUUGAGAAAAAAAUAUCCAGAAAAUCACAUUGUAGGAUUUUUUAUGAAUUUAUUUGCAAAUUAUGGUGGAAAAUAAGUAUUUGGUCACCUACAAACAAGCAAGAUUUCUGGCUCUCACAGACCUGUAACUUCUUCUUUAAGAGGCUCCUCUGUCCUCCACUCGUUACCUGUAUUAAUGGCAUCUGUUUGAACUUGUUAUCAGUAUAAAAGACACCUGUCCACAACCUCAAACAGUCACACUCCAAACUCCACUAUGGCCAAGACCAAAGAGCUGACAAAGGACACCAGAAACAAAAUUGUAGACCUGCACCAGGCUGGGAAGACUGAAUCUGCAAUAGGUAAGCAGCUUGGUUUGAAGAAAUCAACUGUGGGAGCAAUUAUUAGGAAAUGGAAGACAUACAAGACCACUGAUAAUCUCCCUCGAUCUGGGGCUCCACGCAAGAUCUCACCCCGUGGGGUCAAAAUGAUCACAAGAACGGUGAGCAAAAAUCCCAGAACCACACGGGGGGACCUAGUGAAUGACCUGCAGAGAGCUGGGACCAAAGUAACAAAGCCUACCAUCAGUAACACACUACGCCGCCAGGGACUCAAAUCCUGCAGUGCAAGACGUGUCCGCCUGCUUAAGCCAGUACAUGUCCAGGCCUGUCUGAAGUUUGCUAGAGUGCAUUUGGAUGAUCCAGAAGAGGAUUGGGAGAAUGUCAUAUGGUCAACUCGUCGUGUUUGGAGGACAAAGAAUGCUGAGUUGCAUCCAAAGAACACCAUACCUACUGUGAAGUAUGGGGGUGGAAACAUCAUGCUUUGGGGCUGUUUUUCUGCAAAGGGACCAGGACGACUGAUCUGUGUAAAGGAACGAAUGAAUGGGGCCAUGUAUCGUGAGAUUUUGAGUGAAAACCUCCUUCCAUCAGCAAGGGCAUUGAAGAUGAAAUGUGGCUGGGUCUUUCAGCAUGACAAUGAUCCCAAACACACCGCCCGGGCAAUGAAGGAGUGGCUUCGUAAGAAGCAUUUCAAGGUCCUGGAGUGGCCUAGCCAGUCUCCUGAUCUCAACCCCAUAGAAAAUCUUUGGAGGGAGUUGAAAGUCUGUGUUGCCCAGCGACAGCCCCAAAACAUCACUGCUCUAGAGGAGAUCUGCAUGGAGGAAUGGGCCAAAAUACCAGCAACAGUGUGUGAAAACCUUGUAAAGACUUACAGAAAAUGUUUGACCUGUGUCAUUGCCAACAAAGGGUAUAUAACAAAGUAUUGAGAAACUUUUGUUAUUGACCAAAUACUUAUUUUCCACCAUAAUUUGCAAAUAAAUUCAUUAAAAAUCCUACAAUGUGAUUUUCUGGAAUUUUUUUUCUCAUUUUGUCUGUCAUAGUUGACGUGUAUCUAUGAUGAAAAUUACAGGCCUCUCUCAUCUUUUUAAGUGGGAGAACUUGCACAAUUGGUGGCUGACUAAAUACUUUUUUUCCCCACUGUAUAUACACACUACCUACCCCUGUAGCUCAGUUGGUAGAGCAUGGCGCUUGCAACGCCAGGGUUGUGGGUUUGUUUCCCACGGGGGGCCAGUAUGAAAAAUGUUAUGUACUCACUAACUGUAUGUCGCUCUGGAUAAGAGCGUCUGCUAAAUGACAAAAAAAAAAAUGUAAAAUGUAAAUACAAAAGAUAGCCCUAUUUGGUAAAAGACCAAGUCCAUAUUAUGUCAAGAACAGCUCAAAUAAGCAAAGAGAAACGACAGUCCAUCAUAACUUUAAGACAUGAAGGUCAGUCAAUCCAGAAAAUGUCAAGAACUUUGAAAGUUUCUUCAAGUGCAGUUGCAAAAACUAUCAAGCGCUAUGAUGAAACUGGCUCUCAUGAGGACCGCCACAGGAAAGGAAGACCCAGAGUUACCUCUGCCGCAGAGGAUAAGUUCGUUAGAGUUACCAGCCUCAGAAAUUGCAGCCCAAAUAAAUGCUUCACAGAGUUCAAGUAACAGACACAUCUCAACAUCAACUGUUCAGAGGAGACUAUGUGAAUCAGGCCUUCAUGGUCGAAUUGCUGCAAAGAAACCACUACUAAAGGACACCAAUAAGAAGAAAAGACCUGCUUGGGCCAAGAAACAUGAGCAAUGGACAUUAGACGGUGGAAAUUUGUCCUUUGGUCUGGAGUCUAAAUUUGAGAUUUUUGGUUCAAACCGCAACGUCUUUGUGAGAUGCGGUGUUGGUGAACGGAUGAUCUCCGCAUGUGUAUUUCCUACCGUAAAGCAUGCAGGAGGAGGUGUUAUGGUGUGGGGGUGCUUUGCUGGUGACACUGUCUGUAAUUUAUUUAGAAUUCAAGGCACACUUAACCAGCAUAGCUACCACAGCAUACUGCAGCGAUACGCUAUCCCAUCUGGUUUGGGCUUAGUGGGACUAUAAUUUGUUUUUCAACAGGACAAUGACCCAACACACCUCCAGGCUGUGUAAGGGCUAUUUUACCAAUAAGGAGAGUGAUGAAGUGCUGCAUCAGAUGACGUGGCCAACCCAAUUGAGAUGGUUUGGGAUGAGUCAGACGGCAGAGUGAAGGAAAAGCAGCCAACAAGUGCUCAGCAUAUGUGGGAACUCCUUCAAGACUGUUGGAAAAUAAUUCCAGGUGAAGCUGGUUGAGAGAAUGCCAAGAGUGUGCAAAGCUGUCAUCAAGAAAAGGGUGUUUAUUUGAAGAAUCUCAAAUAUAAAAUAUAUUUUGAUUUGUUUAACACUUUUUUGGUUACUACAUGAUUCCACAUGUGUUAUUUAAUAGUUGUGAUGUCUUCACUAUUAUUCUACAAUGUAAAAAAUAGUACAAAUAAAGAAAAACCCUUGAAUGAGUAGAUGUGUCCAAACUUUUGACUGGUACUGUAUAUAUUUUCCUUUUCCAUUAAUGAAAUGUAACCACCGGACAAGAGUCUCAACAUCAAGGGGAAUAUCAAUCCUUGUUUUUGAAGCUCUGUAUGUACAAAGGAAGAAGAAAUUAAUAUGAUAUCAGGAAGGAACCUCAUGGGGAUGUCAUGGCAUUACAUCAGAAUACAAUGGAUUAACCACUGUUGAUACUGUAUUCAGAAAGUGUUGAGUAAAGAAAGUAAAGGCUCCCUAUCAAACAUCAAAACAACUCAUAUUCAAUGGUAAUUUCUGGUGAUUUAAAAUGUAUUUAAUCAAUGAAAUACAUUUUCUCUUUAUGUACAUAAUUCAUACCUUUUUGACACCUUCAUCCUCUUACUUCCACAUUGGACACAUAACAUGAAAGGUGGGAGCUUAAGGGAGAUAAGAUUGUAGCCCAACUGUACUAACAAGCUGCCACUAGAGACCUCUGUCGGUCUGUAUGUGUAUGGUGCUGUUACUGACAUAACUGUCAGCUUACCUAUAGUACAGCACAAACAUCUGAGGAAUAUGUCUUUUGACGAAUUCAAUUUAUUUUAAGUGGACACAUGACAGUGAGGUCGAAGUGACCCUCUUCUUUAAGGCUGACCCCUGAUUUUUUGUUCUAACCGCAACACACAUCUUAGCCACUGCUCUAGAGAGGCUCUCUUGUGUGUCCUGCAGCACACACAAAAACAGAUCCGCUUACAUAACCACCAGAACUGAUUCUACCAGAUGGUUCAUACCUGAGUGAGCAUUUCAUUGAAGUCACUCACCAGAGAGGCCUCCCAGUGCCCUCAGCAAAGCAUAUUGAUUUGUGAGAACACAUAGUUCCCUCUGACAUCAUGGCCAUGGGUGCUCUGCAGUGGCAGCGUUCUGAGAAUAUUUUGAUCCUCUGCUGUGGUGGUGCAGAGAUCAACGGUGAACAUUUCCAUUGUAUUGAACAAGUGAGAUUAGAUGCUGCUGCAGUGUGGAUGAAUAUGAAUGAGCCAACGUAUGUGCAGACAAGGUCUCUCAGCGAACACAAUAGAAUAGCAUGGAAUGUACUGCAGACCACAAGGUGAACAUUUUCAGUUCACCUUUCUUGCUCUUAUUUGUGGUUUGACAUACUGUACAGCAACAAAGGAACACGUCCUAAAUCUCCACAUAUGAAGAGAUACAUCACAAGAGAAAGGAGAAAUGGCACCAAAGUGCACUCUCGCAGGAACACUGUUCACAUAGAAUGUUCUUCAAGGACAAUUCUUACUAGGGGAAUUGUCACGAUCGUUGAAUGACUGGUCGAACCAAGGCGCAGUGUGAUAAGCGUAAAUUUUAUUUAAUUACUGAACACGACAAAACAACAAACAAACGAUACGUGAAGUCUUAAGGUUACACAAAACAAACCUAUACAGAACAAGAUCCCACCACUGACUGGUGCCAAAAGGCUGCCUAAGUAUGGUCCCCAAUCAGAGACAACGAGCUACAGCUGCCUCUGAUUGGGAACCACCCUGGCCAACAUAGAUCUAAACGAUCUAGAACUAAACAUAGAAAAACACAACAUAACACGGAAUAUACACACCCUGACUCAACAAAUAAACAUCCCCUGAGUCAGGGCGUGACAGUACCCCCCCCAAAGGUGCGGACUCCGACCGCGCCACAUAAACAUAACAGGGUAGGGGCCGGGUGGGCAUUCCGCCUCGGAGGCGGAUCCGGCUCCGGGCGUGACCACCACUUUCUCUCCACCUCCCUGUUGCGCCCCUGGUCUGGUCUGGCACCGCUGACUGGAGCUGGACCCGACGACGGUGGAUCGAACUGUACAGGCUCCGGACUGGAGCCGCUGACCGGAUCUGGACUGGGCACCGGUGGAGCGGACUUCUCUGGCUCCGGAGUGGAGCGGCUGACCGGAGCUGGACUGGACCCCGGUGGCGCGGAUUGCUCUGGCCCCGGAGUGGAUCCGCUGACUGGAGUUAGACCGGACCCCGGUGGAGCGGAUUGCUCUGGCUCCGGAGUGGAGCAGCUGACCGGUGCCGGACCAGGCACCGGUGGAACAGGCACGGGCAGUGCCGGACUGGACACACGCACCACUGGCUUGGUGCGGGGAGCAGGAACGGGCCGGACCGGGCUGACGACGCGCACCACUGGCUUGGUGCGGGGAGCAGGAACGGGCCAGACCUGGCUGACGACGCGCACCACUGGCUUGGUGCGGGGAGCAGGAACGGGCCGGACCGGGCUGACGACGCGCACCACUGGCUUGGUGCGGGGAGCAGGAACGGGCCGGACCGGGCUGACGACGCGCACCACUGGCUUGGUGCGGGGAGCAGGAAUGGGCCGGACCGGGCUGACGACGCGCACCACUGGCUUGGUGCGGGGAGCAGGAACGGGCCGGACCGGACUGGUGACGCGCACCACUGGCAUGGUGCGAGGGGCAGGAACAGGCCGGACCGGGCUGGCGACGCGCACCACAGGCUUGGUGCGAGAGACAGGAACAGGCCAGGCUGGACUGGGAACACGCACCACUGGCUUAGUGCGGGGAGCAGGAACGAGCCGGGCCGGACUGGGAACACGCACCACUGGCUUGGUGCGGGGAGCAGGAACAGGCCGGGCGGGACUGUGGAGGCGGACUGGAGGUCUGGAGCGGAGAGCUGACACAACCCGUCCUGGCUGAAUGCCUACUUCCACACAAUAUGUGUGAGGCAUUAGCACAGGACGUACGGGGCUGUGCACUCGUACUGGUGAUACAGCACGUAGCACCGACGCAGGAUAUACGGGACCGAGGAGGCGUACUGGAGACCACAAGCGUUGAGCCGGCACACCCCGUCCUGGCUGAAUGCCCAUCUUCGCACGACACGUGCGUGGUGCUAGCACAGGACGUACAGGACUGUGCCGGAACACUCGCGGCACAGUACGUGGCUCCGCAUAACACGGAGCCUGCCCAGUCACACGCUUCCUAGCAUGAGUACGGGGAGUUGGCUCUGCUCUAACACUAGGCUCCGCCAACCACCCUUUUAGCCCCCCCCAAAAAAAAUUAUUGGGGCUGUCUCUCGGGCUUCCUACUCGGCCGGCACCCUCUGCGUUGCCGCUGCUCCUCUCUAUAGCGCGCCUCCACAGUCUCCUCCCAAGGACGGCGAUCCAUUCCGGCCUGAAUCUCCUCCCAAGUCCAGGAUCCCUUCCCGUCCAGGAUCUCCUCCCAGGUCCAGGCUGUUUGCUCCUGGACACGCCGCUUGGUUCUUAGUGGGUGGGAUCUUCUGUCACGAUCGUUUAAUGACUGGUCGAACCAAGGCGCAGCGUGAUAAGCGUACAUUUUAUUUAAGUACUGAACACGACAAAACAACAAAAACAAUACGUGAAGUCUUAAGGUUACACAAAACAAACCUAUACAGAACAAGAUCCCACCACUGACUGGUGCCAAAAGGCUGCCUAAGUAUGGUCCCCAAUCAGAGACAACGAGCUACAGCUGCCUCUGAUUGGGAACCACCCUGGCCAACAUAGAUCUAAACGAUCUAGAACUAAACAUAGAAAAACACAACAUAACACGGAAUAUACACACCCUGACUCAACAAAUAAACGUCCCCUGAGUCAGGGCGUGACAGGAAUAAUUUGAUAGCUACAGUAGAUCUGUUUUGAAUACCAGUGUGCAACCCCUGGAUAUGUCUGAGGAUUAUAGGAGGAUUGAUGGAUUCCCUAGUCUGCCUGAGCAGGAUUAUGAUAUGAGCGAAGAGUAAAAAAAGCAGAUGACAAGCUUAGAGCAUUAAUAUGAGCAGAUGCUUAAACUUAUUCAUGAUGACUGGACAUGUUUGUAAUUUCAGCAACUUCAUGGGACCAACAUCCAUUUCACUGAUGGGUAUGAGAUGAAGGAGGAUGUGGGCUUGGGGGCGUACUCCGUCUGCAAACGCUGCAUCCACAAAAUCACCAGUGUUGAAUAUGCUGUCAAAGUAAGUGAACCGUAUAGGUAGAUCUUUCAAGAGGAAUAUUUUUGGUAGAUCAUUCUUGGAGAGAAUUAUGAUUUUCACGGCCCAUGGAGAGAAAAAUGAUUUUCACGGCCCAUCAGUUACAGUGAGGGAAAAAAGUAUUUGAUCCCCUGCUGAUUUUGUACGUUUGCCCACUGACAAAGACAUGAUCAGUCUAUAAUUUUAAUGGUAGGUUUAUUUAAACUGUAAGAGACAGAAUAACAACAACGAAAUCCAGAAAAACACAUGUCAAAAAUGUUAUAAAUUGAUUUGCAUUUUAAUGAGGGAAAUAAGUAUUUGACCCCCUCUCAAUCAGAAAGAUUUCUGGCUCCCAGGUUUCUUUUAUACAGGUAACGAGCUGAGAUUAGGAGCACACUCUAAAGGGAGUGCUCCUAAUCUCAGUUUGUUACCUGUAUAAAAGACACCUGUCCACAGAAGCAAUGAAUCAGAUUCCAAACUCUCCACAAUGGCCAAGACUAAAGAGCUCUCCAAGGAUGUCAGGGACAAGAUUGUAGACCUACACAAGGCUGGAAUGGGCUACAAGACCAUCGCCAAGCAGCUUGGUGAGAAGGUGACAACAGUUGGUGCGAUUAUUCGCAAAUGGAAGAAACACAAAAUAACUGUCAAUCUCCCUCGGCCUGGGGCUCCAUGCAAGAUCUCACCUCGUGGAGUUGCAAUGAUCAUGAGAACAGUGAGGAAUCAGCCCAGAACUACACAGGAGGAUCUUGUCAAUGAUCUCAAGGCAGCUGGGACCAUAGUCACCAAGAAAACAAUUGGUAACACACUACGCCGUGAAGGACUGAAAUCCUGCAGCACCCGCAAGGCCCCCCUGCUCAAGAAAGCACAUAUACAGGGCCGUCUGAAGUUUGCCAAUGAACAUCUGAAUGAUUCAGAGGAGAACUGGGUGAAAGUGUUGUGGUCAGAUGAGACAAAUCAAGCUCUUUGGCAUAAACUCAACUCGCCGUGUUUGGAGGAGGAGGAAUGCUGCCUAUGACCCCAAGAACACCAUCCCCACCGUCAAACAUGGAGGUGGAAACAUUAUGCUUUGGGUAUGUUUUUCUGCUAAGGGGACAGGACAACUUCACUGCAUCAAAGGGAUGAUGGACGGGGCCAUGUACCGUCAAAUCUUGGGUGAGAACCUCCUUCCCUCAGCCAGAGCAUUGAAAAUGGGUCGUGGAUGGGUAUUCCAGCAUGACAAUUACCCAAAACACACGGCCAAGGCAACAAAGUCAUCAUGUCUUUGUCAGUGGGCAAACGUACCAAAUCAGCAGGGGAUCAAAUACUUUUUUCCCUCACUGUAGGUUACACAUUUCACUUCCUUGAAUCCUGGAACAACUAUAAGCCUUUCAACUACAGUGAGGGAAAAAAGUAUUUGAUCCCCUGCUGAUUUUGUACGUUUGCCCACUGACAAAGACAUGAUCAGUCUAUAAUUUUAAUGGUAGGUUUAUUUGAACAGUGAGAGACAGAAUAACAACAAUAAAAUCCAGAAGAACGCAUGUCAAAAAUUUUAUAAAUUGAUUUGCAUUUUAAUGAGGGAAAUAAGUAUUUGACCCCUCUGCAAAAUAUGACUUAGUACUUGGUGGCAAAACCCUUGUUGGCAAUCACAGAUGUCAGACGUUUCUUGUAGUUGGCCAUCAGGUUUGCACACAUCUCAGGAGGGAUUUUGUUCCACUCCUCUUUGCAGAUCUUCUCCAAGUCAUUAAGGUUUCGAGGCUGAUGUUUGGCAACUCGAACCUUCAGCUCCCUCCACAGAUUUUCUAUGGGAUUAAGGUCUGGAGACUGGCUAGGCCACUCCAGGACCUUAAUGUGCUUCUUCUUGAGCCACUCCUUUGUUGCCUUGGCCGUGUGUUUUGGGUAAUUGUCAUGCUGGAAUACCCAUCCACGACCCAUUUUCAAUGCUCUGGCUGAGGGAAGGAGGUUCUCACCCAAGAUUUGACGGUACAUGGCCCCGUCCAUCGUCCCUUUGAUGCAGUGAAGUUGUCCUGUCCCCUUAGCAGAAAUCACCCCCAAAGCAUAAUGUUUCCACCUCCAUGUUUGACGGUGGGGAUGGUGUUCUUGGGGUCAUAGGCAGCAUUCCUCCUCCUCCAAACACGGUGAGUUGAGUUGAUGCCAAAGAGCUCGAUUUUGGUCUCAUCUGACCACAACACUUUCACCCAGUUCUCCUCUGAAUCAUUCAGAUGUUCAUUGGCAAACUUCAGACGGCCCUGUAUAUGUGCUUUCUUGAGCAGGGGGACCUUGCGGGCGCUGCAGGAUUUCAGUCCUUCACGGCGUAGUGUGUUACCAAUUGUUUUCUUGGUGACUAUGGUCCCAGCUGACUUGAGAUCAUUGACAAGAUCCUCCCGUGUAGUUCUGGGCUGAUUCCUCACCGUUCUCAUGAUCAUUGCAACUCCACGAGGUGAGAUCUUGCAUGGAGCCCCAGGCCGAGGGAGAUUGACAGUUAUUUUGUGUUUCUUCCAUUUGCGAAUAAUCGCACCAACUGUUGUCACCUUCUCACCAAGCUGCUUGGCGAUGGUCUUGUAGCCCAUUCCAGCCUUGUCUAGGUCUACAAUCUUGUCCCUGACAUCCUUGGAGAGCUCUUUGGUCUUGGCCAUGGUGGAGAGUUUGGAAUCUGAUUGAUUGAUUGCUUCUGUGGACAGGUGUCUUUUAUACAGGUAAUAAACUGAGAUUGACCAAAUACAAUGCUAUUUCUCUGUAAACAAAUUAACAACAGACUUUCAGCAUGCUUAUAGGGAAGGACACUCAACAUGCACUGCACUGACACAAAUGACUGAUGAUUGCUUGAAAGAAAUUGAUAAUAAUAAGAUUGUCGGAGCUGUACUGUUAGAUUUCAGUGCAGCCUUUCAUAUUAUUGAUCAUAACCUGUUGUUGAAAAAACGUAUGUGUUAUGGCUUUUCAACCUCUGCCAUAUCGUGGAUUCAGAGCUCUCUAUCUAAUAGAACUCAAAGGGUUUUCUUUAAUGGAAGCUUCUCUAAUGUCAAACAUGUAAAGUGUGGUGUACCACAGGGCAGCUCUCUAGGCCCUCUACUCUUUUCUAUUUUUACCAAUGACCUGCCACUGGCAUUAAACAAAGCAUGUGUGUCCAUGUAUGCUGAUGAUUCAACCAUAUACGCAUCAGCAACCACAGCUAAUGAAGUCACUGAAACCCUUAACAAAGAGUUGCAGUCUGUUUUGGUAUGGGUGGCCACUAAUAAACUGGUCCUGAACAUCUCUAAAACUACGGGCAUUGUAUUUGGUACAAAUCAUUCAAGUUCUAGACCUCAGCUGAAUCUGGUAAUGAAUGGUGUGGCUGUUGAACAAGUUGAGAAGACACAAUUACUUGGUGUUACCUUACAUUGUAAACUAUCAUGGUCAAAAUAUAGAUUCAAUGGUUGUAAAGAUGGGGAGAGGUCUGUCCGUAUGUCACGCGGGUCGAUGUCGUCUAAGUAAGACCAAGGCGCAGCGUGUCCAAGAAACAUGACUUUAAUUGAGUAAAGCACGUAAUACAAAACAAAAGACGACUCACAUGAAGUCCACGGUAUACUGACCGAAACGAAACAAAAACCCACAAUACCCACAGGAAAACAUACAGAAUAAAUAUGGCUCCCAAUCAGAGAUAACGAGCCGACAGCUGACACUCGUUACCUCCGAUUGGGAGUCAAUGACCAAACCUAGAAAUACACACAACAGAACUACCAACAUAGAAAUACACCCAAAUGCCCAAACUACCAAACCAAAACCCAACAACACAAAAUACACCCUGGCUCAAAUACAAACGUCCCGGAGCCAGAGUGUCACACCGUAAUAAAGAGAUGCUCUGCUCUUUUGACACCACACUCCAAAAAGCAAGUUCUGCAGGCUCUAGUUUUGUCUAAUCUUGAUUAUUGUCCAGUCGUGUGGUCCAGUGCUGCAAGGAAAGACCUAGUUAAGCUGCAGCUGGCCCAAAACAGAGCGGCACGUCUUGCUCUUCAUUGUAAUCAGAGGGCUGAUAUAAAUACUAUGCAUGCCAGUCUCUCUUGGAUACGAGUUGAGGAGAGACUGACUGCAUCACUUCUUCUUUUUAUAAGAAACAUUAAUGUGUUGAAAAUCCCAUAUUGUUUGCAUAGUCAACAUACACACAGCUCUGACACACACACUUCCCCCACCAGACAUGCCACCAGGGGUCUUUUCACAGUCCCCAAAUCCAGAACAAAUUCAAGAAAGCGUACAGUAUUAUAUUGAGCCGUUAUUGCAUGGAACUCCGUUCCAUCUCAUAUUGCUCAAAUAAACAGCAAACCUGGUUUCAAAAAACAGAUAAAGCAACACCUCACGGCACAAAGUCUUUCCCCUAUUUGUCCUAGAUAGUUUGUGUGUAUGUAUUGAUAUGUAGGCUACGUGUGCCUUUUAAAAAAUGGUUUUAUGAAAGUUCUGUCCUUGAGCUGUUCUUGUCUAUUAAUGUUCUGUAUUUUGUCAUGUUUCAUGUUUUGUGUGGACCCCAGGAAGAGUAGGUGCUGCUUUUGCAACAGCUAAUGGGGAUCCUAAUAAAAUACCAAAAAUACAAAAAAUUUCAUGCAGCGACAAUCAUUCUGUAUUUUGUGCAGAUGAUGCUCUGUCAUACAUUUUAUCGUAAGAGGAUACCAAGCAGGGGGACCAGUACGAAAAUGUAUGCACUCAGUACUGUAAGUCGCUCUGGAUAAGAGUGUUUGCUAAAUGAAAAAAAAAAAAAUAUAUAUAUAUAUAUAAUCUAACAGGGGGUGUGUCUCUUUCAGAUCAUCGACAGAGCUAAAAAAGAUCCAUCUGAGGAAAUUGAGAUUCUGUUGAGAUAUGGGCAUCAUCCAAACAUUAUCACGCUGAAGGAUGUAAGUAAUCAUUAAAUGACUCACACACACGUGCAUGCUGAAAGCCCUCCAUAAGGACAGAGAUCCUUGUGAGUUUGCAUGACUAAGGAAAAAUGUGCCCUGCAAACUUAAUUUAGUUUUCAAUGACCAUCAUAUUUGACUGUAUCUUCUCUUGUCCAUUAUAUCUCUAUUAGAUUUUCACUGGCCACUUUUCGUGGGCUGUGAGGACUAGUCUAAUGUAGUCUUGGUUCAUAAAUAACUCCACGUGGUAUUAAACUGUCUUUUUGGCCCCUAGGUCUAUGACGAUGGGAAGUAUGUGUACCUUGUGAUGGAGCUGAUGAGAGGUGGAGAGCUGCUGGACAGAAUCCUCCAUCAGAAGAGUUUCUCUGAGCGAGAGACCUCUGCUGUUCUCUGCACUAUUACCAAGACAAUGGAGUACCUUCACUCACAGGGGGUCAGUAUCAUUCAUGUACGUCCAACAAAAAUCUGUAUCAAAGUGAAAGGAGUAGUGCUCUUAGCUAGGAUAUGUUCAUACUGGCAAUUUAUUUUGAUCUGUUUUGUCAUAGGUUGUACAUCGUGACCUGAAACCAAGCAACAUCCUCUAUGUGGAUGAAACGGGAGAUCCGGAAUCGAUCCGAAUAUGUGAUUUUGGGUUCGCCAAACAAUUAAGGGCAGAAAACGGUCUUCUCAUGACGCCCUGUUACACAGCUAACUUUGUGGCUCCAGAGGUAAGGAGUGGUUUGAUCAGCUCUUAUUUAUUUCAAGUACCGUAUAUCCCUAUAUUGUGAUAUGACACAGAUUCUUCAUGUCUUUCAUAGGUCCUGAAGAAGCAGGGGUAUGAUGCUGCUUGUGACAUCUGGAGUUUGGGAAUCCUACUCUACACUAUGCUCGCAGGGUAAGCCUAAUUCGCUGGAUUGUUUAAACGUCAAGAAGACUGAACAUUCAGGGUCAGACCAUUGAUAUCCCAAUUUUACUUUGCUAGGUGACAUUUUACCUUUGCUAGAAACCUGGUUGAACCUGUUUCACAGUAACAAAAAAACAAAAAAUGAAUUCUGGACUGUGCUACCUCUCCUGGCAACCACUGAUUAAAGGACACAUUUCUGGGACGGUGAGAGGGACAGUGGACGAUGGAUUACUUUCUAAGCUGAGGUCGUGUCUGUGGUACUCUGCAUAAUGCCAAAUCUCUCAGGACCUGCCCUGACAAUUUAAUGUCCCAGCCUGUGGCUCAUGUUUUAAAUCUCUGUAAUCAGGACAUUAGAAAAAAAGCAUAAUUCUUUCAUAGAUGUCAAACACUGUUUAGAUGCCAUUCUUCGUAUUACUUUCUUUAAUUAUUUGUUUUUAAUCGCUCAGUUAGGGUAUUGGAGAAACGGCCUAAAAAUAACACCUCAAACAUCUCGAUUUUUUUGCACACGUACUUCUACACACUCACUCACACAAAACACACUCACAAGCUCACACAUACGCCCAUACUCACAAAGACACGCACAUACACACUCACACACACAGCCAACGCUGCUGUCCCAUUUACAGUGAGGGAAAAAAGUAUUUGAUCCCCUGCUGAUUUUGUACGUUUGCCCACUGACAAAGAAAUGAUCAGUCUAUAAUUUUAAUGGUAGGUUUAUUUGAACAGUGAGAGACAGAAUAACAACAAAAAAAUCCAGAAAACGCAUGUCAAAAAUGUUAUAAAUUGAUUUGCAUUUUAAUGAGGGAAAUAAGUAUUUGACCCCCUCUCAAUCAGAAAGAUUUCUGGCUCCCAGGUGUCUUUUAUACAGGUAACAAACUGAGAUUAGGAGCACACUCUUAAAGUGCUCCUAAUCUCAGUUUGUUACCUGUAUAAAAUACAUCUGUCCACAGAAGCAAUCAAUCAAUCAGAUUCCAAACUCUCCACCAUGGCCAAGACCAAAGAGCUCUCCAAGGAUGUCAGGGACAAGAUUGUAGACCUACACAAGGCUGGAAUGGGCUACAAGACCAUCGCCAAGCAGCUUGGUGAGAUUAUUCGCAAAUGGAAGAAACACAAAAUAACUGUCAAUCUCCCACGGCCUGGGGCUCCAUGCAAGAUCUCACCUCGUGGAGUUGCAAUGAUCAUGAGAACGGUGAGGAAUCAGCCCAGAACUACACGGGAGGAUCUUGUCAAUGAUCUCAAGGCAGCUGGGACCAUAGUCACCAUGAAAACAAUUGGUAACACACUACGCCGUGAAGGACUGAAAUCCUGCAGCGCCCGCAAGGUCCCCCUGCUCAAGAAAGCACAUAUACAGGGCCGUCUGAAGUUUGCCAAUGAACAUCUGAAUGAUUCAGAGGAGAACUGGGUGAAAGUGUUGUGGUCAGAUGAGACCAAAAUCGAGCUCUUUGGCAUCAACUCAACUCGCCGUGUUUGGAGGACAGAGGAAUGCUGCCUAUGACCCCAAGAACACCAUCCCCACCGUCAAACAUGGAGGUGGAAACAUUAUGCUUUGGGGGUGUUUUUCUGCUAAGGGGACAGGACAACUUCACCGCAUCAAAGGGACGAUGGACGGGGCCAUGUACCGUCAAAUCUUGGGUGAGAACCUCCUUUCCUCAGCCAGGGCAUUGAAAAUGGGUUGUGGAUGGAUAUUCCAGCAUGACAAUGACCCAAAACACACGGCCAAGGCAACAAAGAAGUGGCUCAAGAAGAAGCACAUUAAGGUCCUGGAGUGGCCUAGCCAGUCUCCAGACCUUAAUCCCAUAGAAAAUCUGUGGAGGGAGUUGAAGGUUCGAGUUGCCAAACGUCAGCCUCGAAACCUUAAUGACUUGGAGAAGAUCUGCAAAGAGGAGUGGAACAAAAUCCCUCCUGAGAUGUGUGCAAACCUGGUGGCCAACUACAAGAAAUAUCUGACCUCUGUGAUUGCCAACAAGGGUUUUGUCACCAAGUACUAAGUCAUGUUUUGCAGAGGGGUCAAAUACUUAUUUCCCUCAUUAAAAUGCAAAUCAAUUUAUAACAUUUUUGACAUGCGUUUCUCUGGAUUUUUUUGUUGUUAUUCUGUCUCUCACUGUUCAAAUAAACCUACCAUUAAAAUUAUAGACUGAUCAUGUCUUUGUCAGUGGGCAAACAUACAAAAUCAGCAGGGGAUCAAAUAAUUUUUUCCCUCACUGUAUAUAGAGACAUUAAACACUGGACACUUCCUGUUCCUUUUAUACUGUUUUUCACACUGUGUAUUUGUAUAUACGGUAUUCUCGACAUACUAUAGCUCAUUCUAAUAUAUUGUAUCUACUACUGUACAUUGCAUUUUCUGUUACACUGUUUAUACACACCGCGUAUUUAUACUGUAUACUGGAUUAUUGACAUAGCUAAUACAGUGCCUUCAGAAAGUAUUCAACCCCCUUGACUUUUUCCACAUUUUGUUGUGUUACAAAGUGGGAUUGAAAUGGAUUUCAUUGUAGUUUUUUGCGAACGAUCUACACAAAAUACUCAAAGUGGAAGAAAAUGUGAAAGUUGAAGAAGAAUGUAAAAAAAAAUAAAUCUAUAACAAAUAAAACUCUAAUAUAUUUGUUAGAAACACAUUUGGCAGCGAUGUGUUGGAUUUGCCCCAAGCAUAAGGCUUUGUAUUCAGGAUAAAAAGUGUUUUUCUUUGCCACAUUUUUUGCAUAAUUACUUUAGUGCCUUAUUGCAAACAGGAUGCAUGUUUUGGAAUAUUUGUAUUCUGUACAGUCUUCCUUCUUUUCACUCUGUCAUUUAGUUUAGUAUUGUGGAGUAACUACAAUGUUAUUGAUCAAUCAUCAAUUUUCACCCAUCACAGCCAUUACAAUCUGUAACUGUUUUAAAAUCACCAUUGGCCUCAUGGUGAAAUCCUUGAGCGGUUUCUUUCCUCUCCAGCAACUGAGUUAGGACGGACGCCUGUAUCUUUAUAGUGACUGGGUGUAUUGAUACACCAUCCAAAGUGUAAUUAAUAUCUUCACCAUGCUCAAAUGGAUAUUCAGUGUCUGCUUUUUUAUUUGUACCCAUCUACCAGUAGGUGCCCUUCUUUGCGAGGCAAUGGAAACAUCCCUGGUCUUUGUAGUUGAAUUUGUGCUUGAAAUUCACUACUCGACUGAGGGAGCUUACAGAUAAUUGUAUGUGUGGUGUACAGAGAUGGGGUAGUCAUUUGAAAAUCCUGUUAACCACUAUUAUUGCAAAGAGAGUGAGUCCAUGCAAUUUAUUAUUUGACUUGUUAAGCAAAUUUCUACUCCUGAACUUAUUUAGGCUAGUCAUAACAAAUGGUUUGAAUACUUAUUGACUCAAGACAUUUCAACUUUUAAUUUUUAAUACAUUUGUAAAAACUUCUACAAACAAAUUUCCACUUUAACAUCAGUGACACAAAAGCUCUAUUUAAUCCAUUUAAAUUCAGGCUGUAGCAGAACAAAAUGUGGAAAAAGUCAAGGGGGUUGAAUAAUUUCUUAAAGUACUAUACUACUGUACAUAUCAUUCUUAGUAUAUUUGAUUACCGGUGUACAGUGGCUUGCAAAAGUAUUCACCCCCCCCCCCCCCUUUGCAUUUUUCCUAUUUUGUUGCCUUACAACCUCGAAUUAAAAUGGAUUUUUCGGGGGUUUGUAUCAUUUGAUUUACACAACAUGCCUAUCACUUUGAAGAUGCAAAAUAAAAAAAAUUGUGAAACAAACAAGAAAUAAGACCAAAAAACAGAACACUUCAGCAUGCAUAACUAUUUUUUUCUUUAAGCAAUGGCUGUCUUCUGGCCACUCUUCCGUAAAGCCCAGCUCUGUGGAGUGUAUGGCUUAAAGUGGUCCUAUGGACAGAUACUCCAAUCUCCGCUGUGGAGCUUUGCAGCUCCUUCAGGGUUAUCUUUGGUCUCUUUGUUGCCUCUCUGAUUAAUGCCCUCCUUGCCUGGUCCGUGUGUUUUGGUGGGUGGCCCUCCCUUGGCAGGUUUGUUGUGGUGCCAUAUUCUUUACAUUUUUUAAUAAUGGAUUUAAUUGUGCUCCGUGGGAUGUUCAAAGUUUCUCAUAUUUUUUUAUAACCCAACCCUGAUCUGUACUUCUCCAAAACUGUGUCCCUGACCUUUUGGAGAGCUCCUUGGUCUUCAUGGUGCCGCUUGCUUGGUGGUGCCCCUUGCUUAGUGGUGUUGCAGACUCUGGGGCCUUUCAGAACAGGUCUAUAUAUACUGAGAUCAUGUGACAGAUCAUGUGACACUUAGAUUGCACACAGGUGGACUUUAUUUAACUAAUUAUGUGACUUCUGAAGGUAAUUGGAUGCACCAGAUCUUAUUUAGGGUCUUCACAGCAAAGGGGGUGAAUACAUAUGCACGCACCACUUUUCCGUUAUUUAUUUUUUAGAAUUUUUUGAAAUAAGGUAUUUUUUUCAUUUCACUUCACCAAUUUGGACUAUUUUUAGUAUGUCUAUUACAUGAAAUACAAAUACAAAUCUAUUUAAAUUACAGGUUGUAAUGCAACAAAAUAGGAAAAACGCCAAGGGGGAUGAAUACUUUUGCAAGGCACUGUAUAUACGCAUAGAUUACAUUUGGAUUGCUGAUACAGUGUUAUUUGGGUUGUUAAUUGGAUUCGUUCUGACAUUUCUUGUUUUUAUUUAUUAAUUUGUUUAGGCCUACUUGUUUGACGUUUUACUGCACUGUUAGGAGCUAGUAACACAAGCAUUAUACUGCACUGUUAGGAGCUAGUAACACAAGCAUUUCACUACACCCAUAUAACAUCUGAUAAACUGUGUACACGACCAAUUAACUUUGAUUUGAGAUACUAAAAGAAAUACAAGACCCCCAAUUCAAACAAACCCAGACACAUAAUUAUUUGUGCAACAGGAAAGCACAUUCCUUACUGUAGAGCAGGGUGAAAAAGGUUAACUCAGUUACCCAAAGUAUUAUUGAAAAGUGUUUGAUUGUUUUGUCCUUCUCCACACUUACAGCUUCACCCCUUUUGCCAAUGGUCCUGAUGACACCCCGGAGGAAAUACUGGCUCGCAUUGGUAGCGGAAAAUAUGCCCUCAUCGGAGGAAACUGGGAUACGGUUUCUAAUGCUGCAAAGGUGAGGUUACUUGGCCUUUAUAAAUGACACAUCACUGUUGAAUUUGAUUAAUACAUGCAAUUUCCAUCCAACUGUUGUACUGAAAUAAAAUCCCAUCCACAUUCGUUUAGCUGCAAUGCUGCAUUUCAUACUGGUCCUAACUGGACUAUUUCUCUAUUGGGUUCCAAUAGGACAUUGUGACUAAGAUGCUCCAUGUGGAUCCACACCAACGGCUGACGGCCCCCCAGGUUCUCAGACACCAGUGGAUAGUCAACCGAGAACAGCUGUCUCAGAGUCAGCUCAUCAGACAGGAUAUACAGCUUGUGAAGGUAAGGAGGAAAACCUAA